AUGACGGAUCGGAUAACGUUGGAAGAUAUCAAGAAUGAGAAUGUCGACCUCGAACGGAUACCCGUGGAUGAAGUGUUCCAACAGCUACGUUGUACGAAGGAGGGGCUAUCAACUGAGGAGGCUGAGCAUAGGCUGCAAGUGUUCGGCCCCAACAAGCUAGAGGAGAAAAAGGAAAGCAAGCUUCUCAAGUUCUUGGGGUUCAUGUGGAAUCCCCUAUCCUGGGUCAUGGAAAGUGCCGCUAUCAUUGCUAUUGGCCUGGCCAAUGGAGAUGGGAAGCCACCAGAUUGGCAAGAUUUUGUUGGGAUCACAGUUUUGCUGAUCAUUAACUCCACUGUGAGCUUUAUUGAGGAAAACAAUGCUGGGAAUGCUGCAGCAGCUCUCAUGGCAGGCCUGGCUCCCAAGACAAAGGUGUUGAGGGAUGGGAAGUGGACCGAGCAGGACGCUGCGAUUCUUGUCCCGGGAGAUGUGGUGAGCAUUAAGCUGGGAGACAUUAUCCCGGCUGAUGCUCGUCUUCUCGAAGGGGAUCCCUUAAAGAUUGAUCAGUCUGCACUCACCGGGGAAUCCCUGCCUGUGACAAGGAACCCUGGGGACGAGGUGUUCUCGGGGUCCACUUGCAAGCAGGGCGAGAUAGAGGCGGUUGUUAUAGCCACGGGGCUGCACACCUUCUUUGGGAAGGCGGCCCACCUGGUCGACAGCACCAACCAAGUUGGUCAUUUCCAGAAGGUGUUAACCUCAAUUGGAAACUUCUGCAUAUGCACAAUUGCUGUAGGGAUAGUGGUGGAGAUUGUGGUGAUGUACCCAAUCCAGCACAGAAAAUACAGAGAUGGAAUUGACAACCUCUUGGUCCUCCUCAUCGGCGGCAUCCCCAUCGCCAUGCCAACCGUUUUAUCCGUGACAAUGGCGAUCGGGUCCCACCGCCUCUCGCAGCAAGGCGCCAUCACCAAGAGGAUGACAGCCAUUGAGGAAAUGGCAGGAAUGGAUGUUCUCUGCAGUGACAAAACCGGAACUCUCACCCUCAACAAGCUCACAGUUGACAAAACUCUGAUUGAGGUUUUCACUAAGGAUGUGGACAAGGAAACCCUAAUGCUCCAAGCAGCCAGGGCUUCCAGGGUGGAAAAUCAGGAUGCUAUUGAUGCUUGCAUUGUGGGAAUGUUAGCAGAUCCCAAAGAGGCCAGGGCAGGAAUCCAGGAGGUCCAUUUCCUCCCCUUUAACCCCGUCGAAAAGCGAACAGCCAUCACUUACAUUGACUCUAAUGGGAAUUGGCAUAGGAUCAGUAAAGGUGCACCAGAACAGAUUGUUGAGCUUUGUGAACUAAAAGGCGAUGCGAAGAAGAGAGCUCUCGACACCAUUGACAAGUUUGCUGAUCGUGGCCUUCGCGCUCUUGGUGUUGCUCAACAGACAGUGCCAGAAAAGACAAAGGAGAGCAAGGGAGGGCCCUGGAUCUUUGUUGGUCUCUUGCCACUCUUUGAUCCUCCAAGGCAUGACAGUGCAGAGACGAUUAAACGCGCCCUAGACCUCGGUGUGAAUGUUAAGAUGAUUACUGGUGAUCAGCUGGCUAUUGGUAAGGAGACAGGGCGAAGACUCGGGAUGGGGACUAACAUGUAUCCUUCUUCGUCUCUUCUCGGGCAAAACAAGGAUGAAAGCGUUGCUAGCCUCCCUAUCGAAGAGCUCAUCGAGAAGGCUGAUGGCUUUGCUGGAGUUUUCCCAGAGCACAAAUAUGAGAUUGUGAAGAAGCUGCAAGAGAGGAAACACAUUUGCGGGAUGACUGGGGAUGGUGUGAACGAUGCUCCCGCGUUGAAGAAAGCAGACAUAGGCAUUGCGGUGGCAGAUGCAACGGAUGCUGCCCGGAGUGCCUCGGACAUAGUCCUGACGGAGCCAGGGCUGAGCGUGAUCAUUAGCGCGGUUUUGACUAGCAGGGCGAUUUUCCAGAGGAUGAAGAACUAUACCAUUUAUGCAGUUUCCAUCACGGUCCGUAUUGUCCUUGGUUUCAUGCUCAUUGCCCUCAUCUGGGAAUUCGACUUCUCGCCCUUCAUGGUCCUCAUCAUCGCCAUUCUCAACGAUGGCACGAUCAUGACGAUUUCCAAGGAUAAAGUGAGGCCAUCCCCCAUGCCUGACUCAUGGAAGCUCAGAGAGAUUUUCAUCACUGGGAUAGUUCUUGGCACUUACUUGGCAGUUAUGACAGUUAUCUUCUUCUGGGCUGCUCACCAGUCAGAUUUCUUCACAGAGAAAUUUGGUGUAAGAUCAAUCAGGGAAAAUUAUCCUGAGCUCAAUUCAGCUCUGUAUCUUCAAGUAAGCAUUGUGAGCCAGGCCCUCAUCUUUGUCACCCGGUCCAGAAGUUGGUCUUUCAUAGAACGCCCCGGUCUGUUGCUGUUAGUUGCUUUCGUGAUUGCACAGCUGAUUGCCACCUUAAUUGCUGUAUAUGCAAACUGGGGAUUUGCUAAAAUCCAUGGAAUUGGCUGGGGAUGGGCUGGUGUGAUCUGGGUCUACAGUGUUAUUUUCUAUAUCCCACUAGACAUAUUGAAGUUCGUCGUUAGAUAUGGGCAGACUGGCCGGGCUUGGGACAAUAUGCUCAAUGGAAAGACUGCUUUCACAAGCAAGAAGGAUUACGGGCGAGGAGAAAGGGAAGCGCAAUGGGCCUUGGCUCAGCGCACAUUGCAUGGACUUCAGUCUACGGAAGCUGCCGAAAAAAGCCAUGCAGAACUGUCCGAGAUUGCUGAACAGGCAAAGCGUCGAGCUGAAGUUGCAAGGUUGAGAGAGCUUCAUACCCUAAAGGGUCACGUAGAAUCGGUGGUGAAGUUGAAGGGUCUCGACAUAGAAACGAUUCAACAACACUACACGGUUUGAGGAGGAAUAACAAGAGCGAAG